UGUUUAUACUUAAAAAAAGAUUUAAUUGUAAUUAAUAGUGAAACUUGUAAUUGAAUUACGACGGAAGAUCAAUUAAGAAAUUAAUUCGAAACAAUGGGAAUAAAAAUUAUACAAAUAAAACCACAUCAGUUUCUUCAGACAGGAGUAUUCAGAGAACACUGGACCUGGAUUUGGAUAAUUGCAUGAAAAAUUAAAUAACGUUUGGCGGCGUGGAGAACCAAUAAAAGUUUCUCAAUAUUCUCUAUAGAUAUAGCGCCGAAGAUGUUGCUGGGGUCACUUCGGGCUCAUUCUGACUCAUCGUGGAAUAAUUUUUUUCUCUUACGAUCACAAUCUUUAAGUGGUUCAUUUUAAUACAAAAGCUUUAAGAGAUUCUUGUACAAUCUUUUCAAAUUGUUACAAAUUAACUGCAAUAUAUCACUCUGAAGUGAAUGUUUCAACUACUGAAGGCUAAAAUUCACUGAAAAAAAAAUAUUAUGUUUACUAACAAUAAUAAAAAAAUCGUGUGUUACUUUGGCAGUUGGUCAGUCUAUCGUCCUGGAAAUGGUCACUUCGAUAUUUCCUACAUUGACCCUUCACUUUGUACACAUUUAAUUUACGCCUUUGCUGGACUCAAUGAGGAUGGUACCGUUAAAGUUUUGGAUCCUUGGCAGGAUUUGCCGGACAAUGGAGGAAAAGACGGAUACGGCAGAUUUAAUGCACUUCGUGAAAAAAGUCCAUCGACAAAAAUAAUGAUUAGCAUGGGCGGUUGGAACGAAGGAUCCAGCAAGUAUUCCAGAGUAAUGAGCGAUCCGGCAAUUCGAUCGAAAUUCGUCGAGAAUGUCGUGCAGUUUGUCAAGAAAUACAAAUUCGAUGGAUUCGAUCUCGAUUGGGAGUAUCCGGCAAAACGAGGAGGUCAUCCGGAGGAUGUGGCAAAUUUAGUUUUAGUUUUAAAGGAGAUGAAGAAGAGAUUCGAUCAGGAGAAUUUAAUUCUGAGUAUUGCUGUCGGUGCGGCCGAGAUGACAGCAAGUAUUUCAUACGAUAUUCAAAAUUUGUCGAAAUACGUCGAUUUUAUCAAUCUAAUGACUUACGAUUUUCAUGGAUCAUUCGAUUCCGAUCAUAAAAUUGGACAUCACGCGCCACUUUAUGCUUCUUCCAGUGAAACUGGAGAGAAGAGAAAAAUGAAUAUUGAUUCAGCGGUUAAAUACUGGUUGUCUCAAGGGGCACCUGCCGAAAAAUUAAUUCUAGGAACAGGUUUCUACGGGAGAUCGUUCACAUUGGAAAAUCCAGCGAAUCAUGAAAUUGGCGAUUCAUUUACUGGACCGGGAACAGCUGGUCCUUAUACGAGAGAAGCUGGAAUUUUGGGAUUCAAUGAAAUUGGAGAGAUGCAAAAGCAAAAAACAUGGAAACUUGGAUUUAGCCAGGAGCAAAAAGUCCCUUACGCUUAUCUCGAUAAUCAAUGGAUUGGAUACGAUAAUUGCAAUUCUCUAACAGAAAAGGCUGAGUAUGCAAAAAAAAUGGGUUUAGGAGGAACAAUGAUCUGGAGCAUUGAGACUGAUGACUUCAAAGGAAUUUGUGGAGAUAAAUAUCCUCUUCUUAAUUCUUUAAAUAAAUCAUUACGCAAUUAAUUCUGCAAUAUUAGGAGAAGAAAACUACUUAAUUUUCGUAAUUUACUUAUUUUUCUCAUUUCCAUUAUCUAUUUUCUAAUGAAUAGAAUUUAGUCAAUAAUAUUUUUGCAUCUAGGGCAAGAAAUAAAAAAAAAUUAUACUAAACUUAUCAAAUACUAUAUUUUUCCUUUAAAAAUUAAAUAUUUUUACCCAUUAUUAUUUAUUAACAAAAUGUUGAAAAUUCAAAAUUGCCGCAAAGAAAAGCGGAAAUGGAAAAUCCGUUUCGUUCUAAUUGAAAUAAAACGAUAAAAGUAUUGUUUUUUAAUUCGAAUUUAU